AUGCUCAUGGCGGGCAGCACGCGCCGGUGGAGCCCCGGCGCCCGCGCCUUCUCCACGGAUCCGGCCACGCGGACCACCGUGCCGCUCGCGCACCUGGCCCCGCUCCCGGCAUCCCUGCCGGAGUCCGGCUACAACGUCACGCCGCCGGUCCAGCCCUGGCCGCGCCGCCUCACGGCGCGGUCGCUCUCCCGGCUCCUCCUCCGCGCGGCCACGCCCGAGCACGCGGUCGUCGCCCUCCGCCACGCGCUCUUCCACGCCGCGCCUCCGCUGCCGCCCUCGCUCCCCGUCUUCGCCGCGGCGCUCUCCCGCCUCUCCCACGCCGGCGCCGGCGCCGGCGCCGCGGCUCGCCACCUGCCCCCCGUCCUCUCCCUGCUCCGCGCGUCCCGCCUCCCGGUCUUCUCCGACCGCCCGUUCCUGCCGCUCCUCCGCGCGCUCCGCCCGCUCCCGUCCCUCCGCCUCUUCCUCUCCCUACCAUCCUUUAACUCCCGCCCCUCCACCCGCUCCUUCAACGCGCUCCUCCACUCCCUCGUCUCCGCACGCCGCCUCCGCCUCGCCGCCGCGCUCUUCCGUGCCGCGCCAACCAAGCUGUACAUCACGCCCAACCUCGUCUCCUGCAACAUCCUGCUCAAGGGUGUAGUUGGCAUCGGUGACCUCGAUGCUGCGCUCAAGGUGCUCGACCAAAUGACUGGCUGGGGGAUCGUCCCGGAUGUCAUCACGUACACCACGGUUCUCACUGCCUACUGCGCCAAAGGUGAUCUCGAGGGUGCACAACAGCUCUUUGAUGAUAUUAUUGCCAGUGGGCGUAGGCCGGAUGCUACGAUGUACACAGUGCUUAUUGAUGGGUACUGCCAGCGUGGGAAGUUGCAAGAUGCAGCAAGGAUCAUGGAUGAGAUGGAAGCCGCUGGGGUGCAGCCAAAUGAGGUUACAUACUCUGUGGUGAUCGAAGCGUGCUGCAAGGAGGGAAAAUCUACAGAGGCGCGUGAUUUGACAAGGGAGAUGCUAGGGGCAGGAUAUGUACCGGACACACCUCUGUGUGCCAAGGUGGUUGAUGUGCUAUGCCAGGAUGGAAAGGCAGGAGAGGCGAAUGAGAUAUGGAGACAGAUGGUGAAGAAGAAUGUCCCACCAGAUAACACUGUUGUGAGCACAUUGAUCUACUGGUUAUGCAAGAAUGGAAUGGUUCAGGAGGCGAGGAGGCUGUUCGAUGAGCUCGAGAGGGGGUUCGUGCCAAGCUUGCUGACAUAUAACUCGCUUAUUGUAGGAUUAUGUGAGAAUGGAGAGUUACAGGAGGCUGGUAGGGUGUGGGAUGACAUGGUCGAACGGCGGUAUGAACCAAAUGCAAUGACUUAUGAGGCCUUGGUCAAGGGUUUCUGCAAAAUAGGCAAGUCAAAUGAAGGUUAUGCGCUAUUUAAGGAGAUGAUGGCCAAAGGGUGCACUCCAAGCAAAUCUCUUUACCAAACAUUGGUUGAUAGCCUUUCUGAGCCAAGUCAUGAUGAUACUGUUUUCACUAUCGUUGAAGAUGCAGCUUUAUGUGGUCGGGAUUUCAUGGAUGGUCAAUCGUGGGAAAUAUUUAUCAAAAAAGUGGUAGAUACAAAUGAAACUUGGAAAAAGCAUCUCGAUUUGGUGCUGAAUAUGUAG